AUGUCGCUUCCACCAAAAUUCCACGGCCAGAAACUGGUGGCUGGAGAUGUAGCGCCUUCGCCGCAUACUCUUGAAUUAUACCUCGAUUACGUUUGUCCUUUUUCGGCCAAGCUGUUCCGUACUUUCUAUCAUGACGUGAAACCGAUCAUCGCCGAAAAGUAUCAUACCCGACUGCAGGUGAUAUUCAAGCAACAAAUCCAACCGUGGCACCCUUCGUCAACGCUGGUCCAUGAAGCAGCAGCCGCCGUUUUGAAACUGGCCCCCGAGAAAUUCUGGGAGUUUAGCGACGUUCUUUUCAAGAAACAGACGGACUUUUUCGAUCUCAGUGUCGUAAAUGAAACUCGCAACGAGACAUACAAGCGCCUCGCGGCACUGGCUGCCAGUGUCGGGGUCGACAGUGAAAAGGUCUUCCAGCUGUUGGCCAUAGUACCCCAGGGAGGAGAGAGCUUGAACUCAGGAAACGGGGUGACGAACGAUAUCAAGUUGAUGAUUAAAGCAAAUCGAGUUAUCGGUGUUCAUGUGUCCCCAACGGUCUUUUUCGACGGCAUAGAAGAAAGAAGUAUCAGUAGCAGCUUCUCUGCUGCUCAGUGGGAUGAAUGGCUUCGUAACAACGUGGCAUGA